UCCGUUUGUUUCGCACUCAUAAAAAGCUGCGCCUCAGUUAUUGCUUGGCGUAUUUUGUUUCUUAUUUAAAGCCGGGCUCCUUUUUUGUUUCUCGGCCAGUUUGCAUGCAUUGUUCGUCUCCCAAAAUGGUUUGUGAGACUAAGAUUGUGGCGGAAGAUCAUGAAUCCAUUUCAGGAUCCAAAAAAGAUGCGAUCAUUGUGUCUUCCUCCCAGAUGUGGCCCUCCUUAUCCGGCUCACCUUCCUCCUCUCCCCCAGCUUCUCUGAGUGGCGUGGAAGGGGAUUUCAAGAAAGACAACGUUUAUAUACGAGAAUUUCAUCCUUCCGAGCAAGAGGUGGUGCGCCGUAUAUUUUAUGAAGGAAUCAUGGAAAGGAUUCCUAACACCGCAUUUAGAGGGUUAAAACACCAGCCCCUCAUUCAGUUGAUCUAUGGGAUAUUCGCUAUAAUAUGCUUUGUUGUGACCAAGUCCUUGCUGCUGACCUGCUGUUUGCCCAUCUUUCUGAUGGGUAUGAGGUACUACUUCAGUAGAAAAGUUAUCCUCAGCUAUCUCGAGUGCGCGCUGCAUACGGACAUGUCUGAUAUUGAGAAUUAUUACAUGAAACCACCAGGCUCCUGCUUCUGGGUAGCUGUGUUGGACGGAAAUGUGGUGGGAAUCGUGGCUGCGAGAGGCAAUGAGGAAGACAACACCAUGGAGCUGCGCCGCAUGUCCGUAGAUUCCAACUUCCGGGGUAAAGGGAUUGCCAAGGCCCUGGGCCGCAAAGUGCUGGAGUUUGCCAUGCUCAACAACUAUUCCUCCAUUAUACUGGGAACCACGGCUGUCAAGGUGGCAGCCCACAAGCUGUAUGAAUCCUUAGGGUUCAAACAUGUGGGCAUCAUUGAACACUACACCCUCCCUGGGAUGACACAUUCCAUACUAGAGAGAAUGUUUUUCCAGCUUCGCUACCACCGCUACCGCCUGCAGCUGCGUGAAGAAUAGAAACAAAAGCAAAACAAAGUGUUUUCUCCUAUCCCCCCAAAAUUGCCCUUUUUUUCCCAUUGUUUUUGUUUUCAAUUGUGUUUUGUUUCGUUCCCUCAUUUCAUUUUUAAUUUGCUUUGUACAGCUUGAUUGUACAAAAUAAGGAUCCUUUCUCGCAUGCUGUAGGUGGUGGUGCUGAGGCUGGAAGUACUGCUCUCCUAAUGCAUACAGUGUUAAUGACCUGGUAGGUCAGAGUGGACCUACAGCCUGUUGUUCCAAUCUUACCCAGGUACCUACAUAAAGCACAGAAACUUACAAACAUAAUAGUACCACUGGUCUGGUGUACAUAGUAUUUUUUUUCAAAUGUAAGAUAAUGUAGUGAUGACAUUCAUAAUACAGUAAGUGCAGAAAUAUUACUUGAAUGCAUUUCUCAGUAUUUCAUGCACCAGUAACUAGAAUAUGCAUUCAUCUUACUAUAAAUUACUGGUUAAUAGUUUUCAAAGAAAAUGUGAAAAAAACGCUUGCUACAAUGCAUGAAGAGGAAGUGUGUGCACGCACUCAAACACACAGCACUGCCAUCCAGGCACUGGUGUUGCACUUUUUUUGGAUGUGCCUCAUUCUGCCAAAUAUCUGAAAGAACCUUGGUGCAUCCAGUAACCAUGACUUUUUCUCCAUUCUCAUUUUCCUUCCUAAGCCAGCAAACAGACUUGAACCAUUUGAACUCUGAGCCCCAUUGUAACAUAUUGUAAAGUAAGAUCAAACUUAAAUAUCUCCUGCGCUGUUCUAUAUCCAUGCAUAUCCUGCAGUCCUGGGCCAGACUUCCGCAUGUGCAUUGGAGUUUCUCUUUGCUGCCUUCUGGGUUUGUUUGUUUGGGGUUUUUUUUUUUUUUUUUUUUCAAUUUUAUAUUUGUUUUGGCUUUUGCUGAAUGGUGUCAUUGAAGCAUAAUGGAGGCUGCAGUUUCUAUGGCAACACAUUUGCACAUUAAUGUGAGCAACAAAUCUAAACACUUCAGACAAGCAAUGUGUGACAGAUAAUUGCAUUUUGGGAGUGUGGGGGGGGAAGCAUACAUAUUAUCUUAACCAGCUGCUGUUUAAUAAUUGUAGAUGGCCUCACUGCAGCCUUCCAUAAAAGGUAAUAACUGCUUUAAUGUCAGAUUUGUGAAUUGUACAAUGCAAAAAGCAAUGCAAAGCAGAUUCGGCAUGUGUCUGUACCUAAUAUGUAUGUACAGUGCCUGCCAACAAAAGAAUAACCAAGACUACAGCUUCUUCUAGCUAUACCAAUUUUAUAACUUAUUUAAACAAAUAACAACUUUGCAUGAAUUAUGUCGGGGAAAAAUCAGUAGGUUUUAAUUUUUAAAAUGUGGUAUCAGAAAUAUUAAAAACAUUUCUGGUUGCACUUAAUUUGGUGUGGGUGGUGGGAUUCAGCUAUCUUAUUACAUUUAAAGGGAAACCCCCUUUAACUUAAGUUCCUGGGAAAAAAAGUUACUAUUCUAUGAAGUAUUAUGUGUGUGAGGUGGGGGAAAGAAAACCAUAAGACAAUUGAUAAGGGACUGAACAUAUGUUCCUAACACUUAUAACUAUAGUAGAAGCAACUAGGUAGGAGAGUUUCAGAGAGGAGGGAACAAAUUUAUCCUUGUCAAAUCAAAUAGUGGAGACAAGUAAGAAGGUUACUGGAAAGAAUGAAAGGAAGACCAGACAGAGAAGGCUUAACUAGUAAGAAGUGGGACAGAGAACACACAUGUGAAUUCUAUUGUGAAGUGGAAACUAAAACGCUAGCCUUUCACUUCCAGUCCAGGGUCUUUCCUGCACUGAGAUUCAUCAAUGUAAAGGUAGGAAUUGGGUCCAGAGUUCAUUAGUUCCUAACUAGCUGGUAGCCCAUGGUACUGGCCUGUUAGACAGGAGAGCCAAACUCAGGAGUGUCUGUGCAAUUCCUGCUUACCAAGGGCGGGAGCAUCUCCAUGGGUGUUUCUUUCAAUAGGGAGGAAGCCUGCACAUGCUUAGCAAGUGUUAAGGAGAAAGGCAGCUUUCACAGUAGAGAAAUUGGAGCCUAAUGAGGGCGUGAGGUUAGUCUCCUGAGCCCAGCACUUUCUUUCAUUGUCUGCUCUUGCUUCUAGCUGGCAGGGAGGGAGAACAGCUUCCAGCUUCCAUACACAAUACCAGAUCCAGGAGUGAGCAGGGUGAGAGGUACCAGGGAGUAGGUGUAGGCACAUCCAAGUCAGAAGAUUUUUGUCCUAUUACUCUGUUAAGCAAUUCACACUCUCAGCCCUGGAUUUCUGCCUGCCUCAAUCUAUACCAUACAUAAAAUGGCAGUGCCCUAUGGUAUAUUGUCCCAGUAAUAAAGGGAAAAAGUAGAUAAUGGAGGGCACUAUUUCAAGAGACCAAGAGCUUAAUUAACACAAUUUCUUUGCGGGCUACUAUCUAUUUUUUAAAAGUCUUUCUAUGCUGUACAUUUCUCCUGAAGUGGAGGGUAGGGGUUUUUGUAUAGUGUACAGAAAUUGGCAUAAUAUUUUCUUGCUGCUUUCAGUGAUUUAUUAACCUGAGUAAAAAUAGACCAUUAUAAAGUGUUAGCAAAAGUGAAAGGAAAAAAAAGUUUGUGCCUUUUUUAGUUUAUUUUUUUUCUGUUGCUGUAGAAUCACUGCACUAAAACCUUUCCAGACAAUGAAAAUAACUAGUCUCUUAAUGAAGGGGAAAAUCAUUAAUUUAAUUUUUUUUAUUGAGGUGUCUAAUUAAAAGAAUGUUCUUGGUUUUAUUUGAUACCUGUGCCUUUGUAAUAUGCCUCAUUCAUAUCUAUGUGAUAAGCCAAAACUGGUUCAAAUACCCUAAUCUCCCACAGAGACAGAAACACAGUUAAGUCACCAACUUCCUUUAAUAAUAAAAAAAAAGGUUAAAAUGUAACAUUAUUAUUGUAUCUCUGACUGUAACACCUUUGAUUUGCAUAAGCGAGAUACGCUUUUAAAAUAUGCAACUUGGAAGGUGUUAUGGGAACUCUGUACUUCUAAACAUGUGGGCAGGGCCCUGAAGUUGUAAUGACAGGAAUCAAGAUGCUGCCUCUCAGAGAUUUAUUGUUGUGCAAAUUUAUUUCUCUUAAUGCCUGUGUGAAGUCACCCCUGCUUUGUCAGAAAGGCAUUUUGGAAUAUUUAGUUUGGUGGGAACACCAGGAGCCAUUGUUGUCUGUCCUGUUCGCUAGCUUUAUCUCCAAAAGGAAGUAGUUCUUGCUGAAUGUCUUGCUAUCGUUUUGCCAAACCAUGACACCAGAGUGAUUGGUAGAACUCCUACUAAUCUAAGCCCUGUCUGUGCUGGCAUUCACUGGGAACUCUCCAGCUGCUACAGUAGCUCCACCUCUGGUAGCAGGAGUGAGAGUGCUAGUGUAGACAAGGCUCAGGUAUCUUUAUUGCUGUUUGCUAGAUCUCCUUUGAGUACGGUUAGACAACUCAGAGGUUAAAAACGCCGGAUCCGCCAGUGCAGUCUUAGUUGUUGGACCUGCACUUUUGGGGAAACUUUCCCCAAGCAUGUUAAUCUGGACCCAGCCUUGGAGCCAGAUAAUCUCCUCUAUUUCCUGUAGAAUCUCUGUGGACUUCAAGCUACAGACUACUAAUGCUUAUCCCUUCCCAUCAGAGGGCCCACUCCUGCAGUCCCUACCCAGACAAGUCUCCCAGUCUGCAUAGAGACAGCAAGAUCAAAGACUUGUUUUUGUUUUUAUCCACCCAGAGUCUCAGAUUUUAUAUAUUUAAAUGGCAUCAUAAAAGAUGGUUACAUCCAUUUUUCUCAUCCAUUGCAAGAACCCCAGAGCACAUGUGAUGUGACACUUCUCACCACAAAAACUCCCAGCUUUGCAUUGCGUAUUAAAAUGCAGCUUGCUCUGAACCUACUGCUGCUGGAAGCCAUAUUGCUGGACAGACAUCUUGUGACAAUACCAGUCCUCCUUCAUUCUGCUUGAA